AUGAUUGAAGAGGUUGAAAAGACUGAUAUACCUCCAAAUCCAAAACUCUUGGACAAAUGGACACAAAUGGAUGUUAAGAAUCAUUUUAGGAAUCAAUAUGUUUCAAAAAUGCGUCAAUAUAAUAUUACACAUUAUGAAUUGGAAAGUUUUUUAUCUCAAAAAUUAAUCGGAAGAGAUUUACUUUACAUUUCAUUUGAUGUAAUUUAUUCUUUUGGGAUGAGUUAUGGUUCAGCUAGGAGGAUUUGUGAAGAGCUUGUGAGAUUGAAACAAUGUGUCAAGAAAAAUAUGGCGACAUUUGGGAAUUCUACCUUGGACAUCCGAGCUAUAAAACGAGAGGACUCUGACGGAUUUAAUAGAACAAAUUUACAAACGUGUAAUUACAUUUUACGUACACCACCAAAUGAUGGAUUAGACGAAUUUAGUAGCACGUCAAAGGGAUUAUUAUACAAUAGAAAUCAUGAUACUUGGACAUAUUAUCGUAAAUUUUUUAAUCGAGCUAUUAUGUCACCAAUAUUCGUUAGGCAAGCUAUAUCAUGGACGGAAGAAAUAUUUGAAGAAGUGGAAAGUUAUUGGAUGAAACUAGGUGGAGAUAAUUAUGCAAAUCUUAUCAAUAGUACAUCUCCAAAGGACAAGUUUAACGUGGAUGCUACUGUAUUAUUGAAUUUAUUACAUUUGGUUACUCAACGAAGAGAAGAAAUCAAUAUAACUACUUUGGAUGUAUCACUUACUCUUGACAUGCUUACUAUGUUCUUGACAGCUAUAACCAACAGAGAUAUUUCUGAACAAUUUGGCAAUAAAACUAAUAUGAACCGAUGUCUGAUGAAGCUAUUGUUGGUAAUUGCUGGAGUUAUUGAUAUAACUUCUGUUAUAUCAGUUAGUGUUUUGCUCUUUAUCCCGAAGCAAAAAAACGUCUUUUGA